AUGGAGGAGCAGAAGGUCUGGUUCUCCAAAGACACCCUGGAAGACUGGAAUGAGUUGCUGCUUGUUGGCGCUGGUUACCAUGACAAUGAGAAGUGGCACCAAUCUUGGGGAAUACUUGGUGCGGUCCAAAAGCCGGGGUCUGACGACGGCAAGAGGGGGGAGGCAGAGGAUGUUUUCCCCCGGCCGCUUUGGACCGAUGAAAGAGGUGAGUUGACGCGCCUGAUUGAAAAAGGAGAUGUUAGAAAGUUUGGAGGAAGUGACAAAAAGGCCUUCCAACUUGCGUUUGAAAGUACGAUGUUGAACUCCGAGAAGCCCGAGAGCAACAUCCUGUUGGAGGAGGAGAUGCCGGAGGUCGGCGCUCCAGCAUGUCUUCCCACCAGAGGGGAAGGUCGUAAGAAUGAGCGCAGAUGGCUUGGUGACUUGGUGUCCGCCUUCUACCUCUUUGGAGAAGGGGUGAAUCUCGAUGAGCCACAGAGUGUGCUAGUGUUUGAGUUCUUUACUGAGAUUGAAGCCGUAGGCAGGGCUUCGGAACUAGCAGGACAGGAAGUUGAUCGCCUGGUAAUCAUCGAGAAGGACCCUGAGUUUGAAGAUUUGUCGCGACCGGAAGCUUUUGGAGUAGUGAAACCGGGAAAGUUCUUAGAUGAUAACCGCCCCAUUUUGAGGUUGAUCAUGGACUUCAAAGGAACGAAUGCGGCAACUAGAGUACUAGAGGGAGAUGUGAGGAGUUUGAUGGGAGCGCCGGCUUUGCAGCGCGUAGUGUUGCCUGCUGGGAAGGUUGUCCGACUGAUUGGAGUAUUGCAACAUGCCCAUCGAAGAUUGGCCCUGGGAUCGCCGUUGAGUGGCGGAGGAGGUCUUCUGGGAAAGUGUGAGAUCCGUAGAGACAGCGUCUUUCCCAACCUAGAGGAGGAGGACGCACUAUGCUACUUGUGGAAGGACGUUUCAGACGGUGCAGCCUCAUUCAACUUGACGCAAAGUCAGUGGAGUAGUUCUGAUGGCUGGAUCCAGUCAAGCAUUGAGGACUGGGAGCUAGGCUGCCCGCUUGAGGAGGAAGCAGAUGAUGUUGGAGGAGAGGGGAUCAACCUGGAGGAGCCGCAGAGCGUCUUGGGAGUUCACCUACAGGAUCCUCGAUCCAAGUUUUUCUAUAAGUAUGUGGAGGUUCUGGGGUGGAUUGAAGAUGUGGCAAGAGAGAUGAGAGUGUGGUGUGUCAAGAUGGUUGAAAAUGCGGUCGGCGAUGAUGAAGGUAUAAAAGAAAUGAGUCAGCAGCUAGGGUGUCGCCCCUGUAUAUGUGCGCGAGUGGCAAAGAAAGGAGCACCUCAACCUGCACGAGCUGAGGGCAAUCCUGAGGAGCUUGGAAAGGAUGCCCAGGAGGGAAAUGAAGAGAAGAGAGUCCGAGAAAGGCUGUCAGUACAACAAGGUUCACGAGGACCUGCAGAACGUUAUACGGUGGCGCUGCAGGAGUUGGCAGUAGCCUUCUGCGGCCAUUUCGACCAGCUGCAGGGCAGAGAAAGGUGCCUGGAGCGUCUGGUGGAGCUGUUUGGCGCUUGGAGGCCAGCUGUGGCCUUGCAGUGUCUUGGUGGCCUGAGGGAUGGGAGGGUGGCCGCGACCCUGCGCCGCGCCGAGUCCCGAAGGUCGCGGCGGCUGUCGCAGCGGGCGACGGCGGUGGAGGAGGUCUCAACCACUGCUACAGAAGAGUCAGGUUCGUCUUGGAAAUACGACCUCAUCCGCUCAGUGGGCGAGGAGUGCCAGACAGAGGCAGAGCUGCGGAAGCUGGUGGAGAAGAAACCGGACUUCGUCUGCUAUGAUGGCUUCGAGCCCUCGGGACGGAUGCACAUCGCGCAAGGGGUCUACAAAUCCGUCUGCGUGAACAAAUGCACGAAGGCUGGCGGGCAAUUCAUUUUCUGGGUGGCAGAUUGGUUCGCCCUCAUGAACGACAAGAUGGGUGGAGACAUCGAGAAGAUCCGCACCGUCGGGAAGUACCUCAUCGAAGUUUGGAAGGUCAUUGGGAUGGACAUGUCUAAGGUGAAGUUCCUUUGGUCUUCCGAUGAGAUCAGCCGUCGCGCCGAGGAGUAUUGGGGUCAGGCGCUUGACAUUGGAAGCCGCACGACUUUGGCUCGGGUGAAGAAGUGCUGUCAGAUCAUGGGGAGAGGUGAAGACUCCCUGACAGCCGCGCAGAUCCUCUACCCCUUGAUGCAGUGCACGGACAUCUUCUUCUUGAAGGCAGACAUUUGCCAAUUGGGUGUCGAUCAACGCAAGGUCAACAUGCUUGCAAGGGACUAUUGUGAUGCAGCAGGGCGGAAGUUGAAGCCGGUGAUCCUCUCGCACCAUAUGCUCUAUGGCUUGAAGAAGGGCCAGGCCAAGAUGUCCAAGUCCGAUCCAGACAGCGCCAUUUUCAUGGAAGACGCUGCAGAGGACGUGACCCGGAAGAUUCUGAACGCCUACUGUCCCUCCGCGCCGGAAGACCAAGAAGCCACGUCGCAAGAGGGCAUGUCCCUGGUGGAGGAUGCUCUGAAGAAUCCUUGCUUGGAUUACAUUCAGUACACCUUGUUCUCCAGAGAAGACUUUCGCUUUCAAGUGGGAGAACAGGUAUAUGAGAGCUUCCAGGACUUGAAGGAUGACUUUGUCCAAGGAAAGCUUGAGGAGGCCCUUUUGAAAGAGAGCUUGGCCAAUGAGGUCAAUUCGCUGCUGGAACCUGUCCGAAGACAUUUCGAAGAGGACGCGGAAGCCAAAGAGCUCCUAGAGAAGGUCAGUGCCUGGCGUCGGGGCGAGGACAUUGUCAUCAAGUCCUUUCCGACUCACUUGGGCUUGGAUCUGGGUGCAGAGGCUCUUGCGGUGGUCUUUGCACCCUUGCCCUCUGAGUUGCUCCGUCUCUCCGAUGUCUUCCAGGUCUUAGAAAGCCUCCGCAGCGCUGAAGGCAAGCGAGUGCUUUGGCUCCAGGACUGGAGCGCCAAAGCUGUCGGGGCGGCCGGCGGAUCAGUUGAUUGCGUCAAGGGCUUCUACCAGUUGCUGUUGCAUGGCUUGAAUGCGCUCGACCCCGAGCUCAUGAGCGAGGUCACGGUGCAGUGGCAGGGCGAGGCCAUCCUGUCCGGGCCUUCGGACUAUUGGACCUCCGUGAUCAAUGCAGGUCGUCAGUGCUCACUGGAGGCCAUUCGUGGGGCCUUGGCAGCGGAUGAGGAGCUGGAGAUUGCUGGGCAGGUCGUUGCAACAAUCAUGCACCUGGGCGACGUGCUUGCGCUGGUGGGAGGACGUGAGGUUGUUCUAUAUGCCACAUCGCGGCAGAGGAACAUGCACGACCUGGCAGCCAAGCACGCAGAGGCUUGCGGCUUUGCGGCUCCAGAGAUCCAAGUGGUGGAUGCGACCUCCCUGAGACUUCAAGCCGAUGGAGAGGGUUUAGAGGUGGAUACCCAGAUCCUCCUCACGGAUUCGGAGAUGGAUAUCAACCGAAAGUUCAAGAAGGCCUUCUGUGAGCCCGGCAACGUGGACUUCUGUCCACCGGUGAACUGGGUUCAGGCGCUCUUGACGAAUUUCCAGCUGAAGGAUUUCGUGGUCUCUCGCAAAGAGCAGAACGGCGGUGAUUUGCGCUACGAUGACCUCCAGAAGCUUCGGGAGGACUUUGGAGCGGAGGUGCUGCACCCUGGCGACCUGAAGCCCUCGUUGGCCAAAACCAUGAACUCUGCGAUGGCGAAGCUCCGCGAAGGGCUGAAGAGUAAAGACCUCAAGACUGCGCAGAAAAAGCUCGCGAACUAUGCCAAAUCGCUAAAAAAGAAGCAGAAAUGA